GCAGAGAUGUCGACCUCUCGCUCUUGCAAGAGAUGUAAGAAGAAUACCAUCGUCCGCGAUGACAUCACAGGCGCCUGCAUCUGUACUUCUUGCGGCAUUGAGCAGGAAUUUGAUAACUUCCAACACAGUUUCGGUGGCAUUAAUGGACCUCAGGGCACCUUUGUUCGCGUCGGUUCCUCAGGCUCUGGCUAUGAUGAGUUCAGUUACAAAGAGAGGAAACUCUACGGAGCUCAGAAAGAGAUUGAAGCUAUCACAUCAAAUCUAGGUCUCCUUGCUGCCACUUCUGCCGAGGUCAAACAAAUGAUCGGGACAAUCACCGAAAGAGAGUUUGGUUGUGGCACUUGGUUCACUGUUCUGAUUGGUGCUUGCUCUUAUAUUGUUAUGAGAAAGAACAAUCGAUCCCUCGCAAUUGCUGAAGUCGCAUCGGUGAUCGAAUGUGAUAUUCACGAGCUUGGCCGCAUGGUUACUCGUGUUCUUGAUUUCCUUGACUUGAAAUUGCCUGAAUUUGAUAUUGUGGCCCAUUUGGAACGGGCGAUUCGGAGUUGCCCUAGUUUUUCUGGGAUUUCCACUGACAGGAUGGAUACGAUGAUUAAGCAGGGAAGGUUUCUGUUGCAGUGCGCGGUGAAUUGGUUCCUGACAACAGGACGAAGGCCUCUUCCUGUGAUUGUCGCUGUUUUGGCCUUUGUAGCCGAAUUGAAUCAAGUUCAAGCUAGGAUUGAAGAUAUAGCAAAGGAAUUACAUGCGGCGGUGGCUACAAGCAAACAACGGCAUAAAGAGCUCUUACAGACGCUUGUGAAAGUGGCACAAGCCUUGCCUUGGGGAAAGAACAUUACGGUAAAGAAUAUUGUCCAAAAUGUGCCUUUCUUGAUUCAAUACAUAGAGAUGAAGUCAAGGUCCAAGAGUGGCGUUAGGAAUGAGAAUAUAGGACUUGCUGGGUUUGAAGUUAAAGAGGUUGUCAACCAGUGCUUGCAGGAGGAAGAUGAAUAUUCUACCUAUGAUUGCAAAGCAGACAGUGAUUCGCAGUAUUUUGAUGUUAGGAACAGGAAUGGAAUCCCGAGUAGUUGUUCUGAUGAGAUGGAGAUGCUAAAGCUGUCACAGGAGUGCUUGGCUAAGAUUUAUUCAAAAUUCAAGAACGAAUGUGAUUAUCAUCAGCCUAUGGAUGAGAGUGGAGAGUGUCAUAGAAUAAAAAGGAGAAGAGGAAGUGGUGUUCCAGUGCAUGAGUGGUGGACAGGAGAGUCAGAUUUGUGCAAAAAGCUCUCACUGAAGAAAAUUUUGGAGAAGAAUGUAGGGUUUAAUACUUUGCCUCUGUCUUUUGUUGCAAAUAGCUUGUCUUAUAAAAGAAGGAGAGAAAAGAUAAUGGCUGCUAGACAACGAAUCAAAAGGGUUAUGUUACCUCGUAAUGUUGUUUCAGGUGGAAAGGAAGAUUGUGGCCUUUCAGAAGACUUGCUAGGUGAGACGCAACAGCAGUGGCGAGUGAAAGAAGAUCUUAUUGAUUGGGAGGACUGCAUUAUUGAAUUACUUUUACUUCAUAUGGUGAAAGAAGAGGAAAUAGAACAGGGUUACUACAAUACCUUAUUGGAUUUGCAUGUUUUUAAUUCAGGGUGUAACUGCUAGAUGUUGGUCAUGAAUGGCGUCUUUUGUCUGGAGAGAAUUUUUUGUGUAUACCGGCUUAUAGACAAAACAAAUUGCUUAUUCCAAUUCUUUUUGUUAUUGAUAUUGCUACUAAUCAAUCAAGUGAUUUUUCAA